AAAAUGAAAUAAAAACGACUAUAAGAAGACAAACAAGAAUCAAAGUUAAAAGAAAUAUGAAAUAAAGUACAAACAGUGUACAACUUAAUCCCACUUCGCACCCUUGAAAUGAAACUUUUUGCCACUUUGCACCCUUAAAAAAUUAACAAUAGCACUUUCACCCUCAAAAUACAAUAAAUCAUUCACAAUGCACUAUCAAGAAUUCGAAUGCAUGCGGCUACAAAUGGAACCACUUCUCUAUCAAUAUCAAGUCGAUAUUGUAUUUUCCGGUCACGUGCACGCGUACGAGAGGAUGAAUAGAGUGUAUAACUACACGUUAGAUUCGUGCGGACCUAUAUAUAUAACGAUUGGAGAUGGCGGUAAUAUCGAGAAAGUGGAUGUUGAUUAUGCAGACGAAAUAGGAAAAUGCCCUUCGAUCGGUGAUAAUGUACCCGAGAUUGGAAGUGUGUGUCGUACGAAUUUCUCGUCGGGACCCGCAAAAGGGAAUUUUUGUUGGGAUAGACAACCGGAGUGGAGUGCCUAUCGAGAAAGCAGCUUUGGACAUGGUAUACUCGAGCAGACCAAUCAGCAUUAUGAGCUUAAAUGGAGAAAUAAUUUCGGUUAACCAAAUGCUCGAGGAAUUAUCCGAUAAUGCUUCCUCGAACUCUAGUCUCUGCAGAGUCGGCGAGCAGAUACGAACCACAAACGAGUCAUCGUACGAUCCAACGGUCAUCGCCAUAGGCCCGUUCCACCGCGGCAAAGCCCACCUUAAAGCCAUGGACCAUCACAAAAAGAGGUACCUCAAGCUAAUCCUCCAAUCAAGAGGAGAGUCGAGUGCGGAUCGAUACGUAAACUCCAUGCUCGAAUCGGAAGAAGAAGCACGCAAAUUUUACGCAGAGGAAACGGCCGUACUAGGAAAGUACGCUUUCGCCCUUAUGCUGCUCCUCGACGGAAUCUUCAUCCUGGAAUUCCUGCGCGAAUGCACUUUCGGUUCGAAUCUCGUUUUCCAAUUAGGGCAGAUGAAGAGCCAUAUUCUCCGUGAUUUAAUGUUGUUUGAGAAUCAAAUCCCGUUAUUUAUACUCGAAAAGCUACUAUCUAUGACGGACGAUGCUUUUCAAAUUACUCAUUUGAUAUAUCCUUUAAUAUCACCGAUUAUCGUGCAUCAAGAAGCAAUAUCGUUACAAGAUGAUCAUACUAAACCACACCACCUCCUAGGGUUAGUACACUACGCCGAGCGACUAGGGUUUUCUCCGACAGUUCCCGACGAGCACUACGUAAUGGAGAACAUAAACUCCGCGACGGAGUUGAGUGAAGCCGGCAUUUCAUUCAAGAAGUCCGAUAGUAAAAAUUUGUUGGACAUUAUAUUCAAGAACAAGAAGAUCCGCAUGCCCACGUUGGAAAUUACGGAUCUAACCGAGUCUCGAAUUAGAAAUAUGAUCGCCUACGAGUAUUACAAUCUUGCGUGCGACGAACGGAAAUACGUGACGGAUUAUACGUUCUUCUUGCAUUGUUUAAUACACGCGCCGAAGGAUGCGGAGUUGUUGAGGAGAUACGGGGUCGUGAGUAAUUGGUUGGGUGGCGAUGAAAUGGUGUACCGUUUGAUAAAUCAAAUAGGGAGUCACGUGCAAACUUCGGAGAAGUUUUCGUACCAUGAUGUUUUUCGUGAUGUGAAUGUUCAUUGUAGGAAUAGGAAGAAUCGGUGGAUCGCGGUUUUGAGGCGGGAUUACUUUAAUACCCCUUGGAAACUCAUUUCUUUGGUUGCCGGCUUUGUGUUGCUUGGAGUUGGUGUUGUGCAAAUGGUGUUUGCGAUUCUUUCAUACUAUCAAGAUAAGUGAAACUGCAGAUGGUUUUUUUGUGCAUGAAAAGCUACAUGAAGGAAAUGGCGAAGGGCUAUAUGAUCUACAUCGGUUGCAAAUUUUUUUUUUUGUUUCGUGUUUGUGAGGAAUAAAUAAAGACUUAUGUGCGGUUUUCGAUAUAUUUUGAAGACGUGAUAUCUCAAGGUUUACGAGAUUUAGUCUUCUUGCUCCGUUUAUUAGAAGAUUUUAUUCCGAAAUUGAUACUUUUUAGUUUGUAAUGUGAACCAAUUUUAAUUGUAUUGUUUUUAGUUUUUUUU